AUGGGAGUGUGCAGUGGAGAUGGGGGCCCAAGGGCUGGCUAUAAAUCCCCACCGGAGGCCGGCACAGGCGGCCGCCCUCCCGGCUCAGGAGCACAGGGAACGGCCUUUCCCAGGGCCCUGCUGCCGCUGCAUCUCACCUCGGCCUUGACCGUGAGCUUGGGUGAGGCCUUAAGAUGCGUCACCUGUGAGCAGCCCAGGGCCCUUCUUUUGAGCAAGACCAUUACUAACUGCAAGCCGGAGGACACAGCGUGCAAGACCUCGCAGCUGACGGUGGAGUCAGAGUUCCCCUUCAACCACAGCCCCGUGGUGACCAGUUCCUGCUCCGGCUCCUGCGAGGCCGCUGACCCAGACACCAUCGGGGCUGCCCACCCCAGCUACUGCUGUUUCCAUGACCUCUGUAAUUCUAUGGGGGUUGCCAGGCUCAGUGCUGGGGCCCUAGUCCCUAGGGGGCCAUAA